AUGAAUAGUGAUAUUGAAUUAAUUGAAAGAAAAUUGAAAGAUGAAUUAUGUAAAAUAUAUGAAGAUGAUAUAAAUCCUCUUUUAAUUUUAAAUGAUUUUGAAAAUAUAAAAAAUGAACUAAAUAAAAUAAAUAAGGAAUUAAACAGCUUAUAUAUAAAGAAAAAGUUAAGUAUAAACUAUUUGCAUAGGCAAAUGCAAAAUUAUAACUUUUUAUUAAACUUAGAAAAUAAUUUAAAUAUAUCAUCAAAAGAAUUUAAUAGUUAUCACAAUUCUGAAAUAAUAUUGAACAAUUUUUUUUAUGAUAAUAUAAAGAAGUUUUUAAUGAAUAUAAAUUAUGAUGAAAUUAAAGAAUUGAUUUUUCUAGGAAAUUAUCAAAAAAAUAUAGAAAAAGAUAUAAGUACUAAUGGGAAGUUAAGUAAUAUUUACAAUGAAACAAAGAAUUCUAAAAAUAUAUCAUUAGAUUCUAAUUUUUCUAAAAAUAAUGCAGAUAAUUGUGAAUCAAAAGAAAAUGUAAAGAUAUUAGGUAAUGAAAAUUCUACUGAUGAAAAUAAAAACAAGAUAAAUCAUGAAAAUGAGAAUGAUAAUAAUAAUAAUUUAUUUAUUCCAAUUGAUCAAAGUACAUUUCAAUCAGUUCCUAUAUUAAUUAGAAGAAGAGCAAAGUUAGACGAUGUAAACCUAAUUUAUAAAACAUUGUAUGACAUGGCUAUAAAAAAAGGAAGUUGCCAUCCAGUAGAAAAAUCCGAAUUAACACAAAUGAACUUACAAGUUUUUGGACAAACAGGAGAAGCAAAAAUUGCCACACUAAGAUAUUUAAAAAUUAUAGAAGUUAUUAAUAAAACGGGUUCCGUGAGAUUAUUAAAUUGUGCUGGAAUAAAGAAAAAAAAAAAAAAAAAAAAAACUUGGCUUUUAAAAUAA